GGUACUUUUUAUGCCCUUUCUCUUUGGCUCUACCCAACAUUCCUUUAGAAAAACAUAGAAAAUUCAUACCUCCACUAAACGCCCUUAGAAAAACUUAAAUUUACAGAAAUGCUUCGAUUUGCGGUCUCGGUUUUCAUCUGCUUCUCAACCAUUGCAUCCAUUCUGAACUCUGUGGCGCUCUCGGAACCGAUAACAUGCUCGGGGAUAGUACCGAUGAAGAACCGGAACGACAAGGUCUCGAUUAAGGACUUCGGGGGUGUCGGUGACGGAAAGACGUUAAAUACGAAGGCAUUUCAAAAAGCGAUUGAUCAGAUUCGCAAAACGAAGAAGACAGGUGGCACAGUGCUUUAUAUACCUCCUGGGGUUUACUUGUCGGAGACCUUCAAUCUCACUAGCCACAUGACCCUCUACUUGGCUAAAGGUGCUGUUAUCAAAGCCACUCAGGAUUCUGAGAAUUGGCCUUUAACUGCUCCUUUGCCAUCGUAUGGAAGGGGGAGGGAGCUCCCUGGAGGAAGGUAUCAGAGUUUUAUUCAUGCAGAUGGGGUUGAAGACGUGAUAAUCACCGGAGAUAAUGGGACAUUUGAAGGCCAAGGAGCUAAGUGGUGGGACAUGUAUAAGCAGAAAACUCUUAAAUUUACAAGGCCGAGUCUCAUUGAAUUCAUGAACUCCAAAGACAUUCUCAUUUCCAAUCUGGUUUUCCAGAAUUCUCCAUUUUGGAACAUUCACCCUGUCUAUAGCAGCAAUGUUGUUGUCCGCAACGUUACAAUAUUGGCUCCAUAUGACUCUCCCAACACUGAUGGCGUUGACGCAGAUUCAAGCUCUCAUGUGUGCAUAGAGGACUCGUUCAUGUCAACUGGAGAUGAUCUAGUGGCUGUGAAGAGCGGGUGGGACCAAUAUGGCAUUGCUUUUGGCCGUCCAAGUUCCGACAUCACAAUCCGACGGAUAACAGGAACGACCCAGUUCGCCGGAAUUGCAAUCGGAAGUGAAACCUCCGGUGGGAUUGAGAAUGUGUACGCAGAACAGUUAAACCUUUACAACAUUGGACUUGCCGUGCAUGUGAAGUCAAACGUUGGCAGGGGAGCGUUCAUAAGAAACAUAACAAUAACUGAUGUGUUUAUAGACGGUACAGUAAUGGCGAUACAGUAUGGAGGCAACUCCGGUGGGCACCCAGAUGACAACUACGACCGAAAAGCUCUCCCGGUUGUGAAGGGCAUAACUGUCAAGAAUGUUGUGGGUGUGAAGGUUGAGCAAGCGGGUGAUCUAGUAGGGUUGGAGGGCGCCCCAUACGCAGGGCUUUGCUUCUCUAACAUCAGUCUCUAUAGUUCAAAGCAAAACGGACCAACAAGUACCCCUUGGACGUGCUCCAAUGUAACCGGAGGUUCUCAUCUGGUCAAGCCGGGGCUAUGUGGAGCGCUGACCAGCAGCUGUUGAGAAUUUAAUGAUUCAUCUUGUACGUAAUAACAUUUACAAUAAGGAGUAGUUUGUACUCCAUAGAUGAAGCAAUUGAUGAUAUUGGAAUAAGUUUCACUCAUCGCAGAAGAUUCUCUUUUCCUAGUUUAGUAGCUUCUGUAAUUUAGUGAAGGUAUGGAUGUAAACGAACCGAAUUUAAACGAGCUUUUUUUGUUUGGGCUCGGCUCGUUUAAAUUUAACUCGAACCGAACUUAAGGACGAGCCAAAAAAAUCGAGUCCGAGCUCGAGCUCAUAAUAAGUCGAGUUGAGCUAGCUCGGGA